GGACAGGCAUUUAAUGGAUUCGUUUGGUUGCCGAUGACUGAAGUUUCACGUUCAUCGUUUUCCCGAAUCCCCGUUACUCCAAUUCCUUUCCUCUUCUCUUGUGCUUUCGUGCGAUUGAAUCAAAAGGUAAUUUUAUCGCUGGAUUCAGAAUUGGAACUGAAUCAUCUGCUUCACUGAAAUGGGUCUCUUCGAUUCUCUACUCAAUUGGCUCCGCAGUUUAUUUUUCAAACAGGAGAUGGAACUCUCCCUCGUAGGCCUUCAGAAUGCAGGGAAGACAUCUCUUGUCAAUGUGAUUGCUACAGGGGGUUACAACGAGGACAUGAUUCCAACUGUUGGAUUCAACAUGAGAAAGGUGACAAAAGGUAAUGUCACAAUAAAGCUUUGGGACCUUGGAGGACAGAGGAGAUUCCGAACAAUGUGGGAGCGUUACUGUCGUGGUGUGACUGCUAUAGUGUAUGUUGUCGAUGCAGCAGAUAGAGACAGCGUUCCUAUAUCACGAAGUGAGCUACAGGAGCUCUUGACAAAACCUUCCUUAAAUGGGAUCCCUUUGCUUGUUCUUGGAAACAAAAUUGACAAGUCAGAAGCUUUAUCCCAGCAAGCAUUGAUAGAUCAACUAGGGCUUGAAUCAAUAAAAGACAGAGAGGUUUGCUGCUAUAUGAUUUCAUGCAAGGAAUCCAUAAACAUAGAUGUUAUCAUUGACUGGCUUAUCAAGCACUCAAGAACUGCAACAUGAUCUUUUUAGAGUUGGCAUGCCAUUUCACUUUUGAUCGUAGAAGCAAUCGAGCACGGUGUUGCAGAAAUCGCUUCCUUGGUUCUGGAGUUGUGAUUAAUAAGCGGCUUUGUGCAGUAGAUGGAACUACUGAGUUAAGUAUGCUUCAAUGCAUCGUUCUCAUGUUCAGUAGGAAAUGAAUGAGAUCAUGAACCUGGUUGCCUGGUUUGUAUAAUUUUAUUUAUGGUUAGUUAACUUAUCUAACUGAAGACUAUUCCUUCUUUUUUUUCUUACCAUGAGUGAAAUAUUUCACAAUCUGAAAGUGGUAAUUCUCAAGCGAAUGAGGAAGGUGAUGGCGUUGAAGGUUUAUGAUGAUUCACAAGAUGAUUGUAUUUAUAUUUACAAAUUUUAUUAAAUCAUGGCAUACUUAAUUCUAUUCCCAUUUA